AUGGCGCCCGACGCCGAACCUCGCAAAGGCAAGCCAGGCUCUGAUGACCCAAUCAACAAAGUCGUUUUGAAGAAGGAAAGCAAAUCAGGCACCAUAAAGCUGAAGAAGCCGCCCCCGAAGCACAACAAGCCAGGAAACUGGAGGGACGGUAGUGUUGUCGAAGAUGAGAAAAAGAAAGCUGUGAGCUCCCCUUCGACCUCCGUGGCUUCUCCUGGCCCAGUCGUGAACCAACUAGACGACACCGCUCGAGAGACCUUUGCGACAGGACGGCCUCUGGAGGAUAGCCCAGAUCUCCAGCAAUGCAAGCACUGCAAGAAAAGUAUUUUAAAGACUGCAGCCAAGGCCCAUAUUGCGCAAUGCCUGAAGCUGAAAAAGGAGAAGGCGCAGAGGAAGAAGGAAGCGCGAGAGGCACGAGAGAGGGCUAAAGCCAGGGAGGAAGAAGCUAGAAAGGCUGAUGAAGAAAAUGGAGAAGAUGAAAGUGACGACGACGAUAAAAAAGGAAAUGUGGCGGGUAAGAAAGCAGGCAAGAAGCCCGAGGAUGAGAAGAAGGGCAGCAAAAAACGGAAAGCCGACGGCGAGCCAGAUAAAGGGCCGAAGGCGAAAAAGAAGAAGGACGAGCCUAAAGCCAAGGCUCCAAAGCCUAAAGGACCGGUUGAUGUUGAAAGGCAGUGUGGUGUCAUACUGCCCAACGGGCAACCAUGCGCUCGAUCGCUUACAUGCAAGAGCCACUCCAUGGGGGCAAAACGUGCUGUUGCAGGCCGUUCUCUUCCGUACGAUAUGCUUUUGGCAGCAUACCAGAAGAAAAAUCAAGCAAAACAACAAAAGGCUGCUCUUGAUGCGAACGCCCCCGUUGAGGACGAGGAUGACGCGAACAACGGUCCUGUUGACUCUGACGAGGAAACCGGAGCCGUAAUGAGCGCCUUGUCCCACUGGCAUCCCCAACCGCUUAUUCCACAACCUGUUUUCACUCCAAUCAAACGACAAUAUCAGCUCUCUAGACUUCAUGAACAACUACAACUAGCAACGAAUGGAGGUCGUACCAACAUUUUUCAUGUGGUAGGAUACGGCGCUCAAAAACUCCCGGAAGGACACCCCGGACUUGUUGAAGGGGAAGAUGCACCAGGCGAGCCAGACAUUGGUGCCUUGGGCUUUCCUGCUUCUGCCAGAUCAUCGAAUUUUGGUGCUGCAACCGUGUCACAGAGACGGUCAUCAGUAACAAGCCGCGGUUGA